AUGUCAGUGGAGGAUCAACGCGAGUUGGGCCUCUUCCAGAACUUCAUGACACCGCCGGCGGGAAUGGAUGCGGCUCAACUCAAGCGCCGCCGGGGGGAGGAGCCGGAGGCACAACAAGCCCUGUUCCUGAACCACUCGUCCGGCUCUCAGGCCUCGGCGUCGACCAUGACGUUCGCCAGCACGAGCUCGGAACCCAAGGGCAAAGGGAAGGGCAAGCAGCCCAAGGGCAAAGGACGGGGCAAGGGGGGCAAAUCACGCCCAGCUGCCCAGCAGUCGUGGAACGAUCAAUGGAGCUCGGACCAGUCUUGGUCCAGCGGCCACUCCUGGACUUCCUCCGGCGACCUGACCGGUCAAAUGGCCCGUCUCCUUCUCCGCCACGAGCAGCAGCUGCAGAGCAUCCAACAGGACUGCAAGCUGCAUCUCUAUCUCCGCAGUGGGAAGGAAUCCUUUCUUCCCAAUCUAUGCGAGGUUGCCAAGGAAUGGAGCCGCCUUCGUCGCGACGAACCGGGGAAGAUCAACAGUCCGCUGCGCACUCUCCUCCUCCGUGCUACCUUGCAGGAGAUGGAGACCCGGAUCAAGCUCACCAUCAGCAAGGAGAAGCAGACGGCCAUCGACAUGCAGUGGUACAAGGAGGAGGAGGGCUGGACUUACAUGCAGUGGAACGCACAAAAAGCACAGCUCGAACUUCAAGCUACUCCGAGUCCACUUGCCACCGAGACCCUCCUCGAACUCCUCCGAGAGCUUCGCACCCUUGUGAAUCCAGACUCUGUGAAGAAAUUCGCGUCACUUCGCGGACUUCCACAAGAACCCCAGUCCGAAUGGAUACACUUUCAGCUGGAGCUGGGGUUUCGGCCGCAGGGGGACCGCAUGUGGGAAAUCUUUCAGAUGCUGCUCAACCAGAGCUGCCUCCACCCUCUCGGAGCGCGCCUGCGGAAGGACCGUAUACGUCGUUUUCUCAGAGUGUCCAGGGAUCUGCCCUUAGAUACUGCCCUCUCCUCGCCUUCAUCUGUGCCCUCGGAAGUCCCCUUGCACUUUCAGCCAUUGCUUCAUGCAGCCCUCCACAAUGCAGAUGGCACUGCAUGCUACAUGAACACAGCUUUUAUUGCCCUGCUGUGGGCACUCGGCAGCUAUGAUCCCGCUAGAUCUGGUUCAUUGUGCAGCUUGUAUCAGUGCCUGACUGCGAGGUCGGACCUUCGAUUGAUGCGCAACAUGUGUUGGACCAUGUUGCUGGGGAACUGGGCAAGGCCCAAUCAACAGCAUGACAUGCACGAAUUUUUGCUCCACCUUAUGCCGAGAGUCCGUUUGGAGGCCUUCAGCGGUCUGUGGCAAACUCGCAGAUUGGAAGACACAGGCACCGUGGUCUGUGCAUCCUCCAGUGCAUUGCUUCCGGUCACUGUUGACCUGCCCCUGGAGGCACGGGGGCUUCAGCAUUGCGUUCAAGAGUGGUCUGCCCGGCAUUAUCAUACCGCCUUCGACGGAACCAUGCCUCAUCUCCUAUGCCUCCACCUGUCGCGCUACAGGCGUGAUGAUGAAAGGGGCAUUCUCAGCAAGGAUGAUCAGGCCCUCCCGGACUGGUCUGAAGUGCUUCGCAUUCCGCAAUUUGCGACGUCACAUGACCUUCAGAAGCACUGGAGACCCUAUCAGGUGUGUGCCAUGGCUCUCCACUACGGUCCUGCCUUGCAUCAGGGGCAUUACCGCUGUAUGACGCGAUGGGGUCAAAAUCCAGUGCGAGUCUGGUUGCAUGACGACAAUCGUGCAGCUGAGCCCCUCUCUCUUCCUGACUCUGUUGAGCUCAGUCGCAAAGCCUAUCUGAUAUGGGCGGUACGGAUGGACUGA